CAUACACAUAUUAACGUCCGCGCGCAUGCACCCACCGGUCAGUGGACAUGACAGGUGUUUGCCUGCACCUCAUUGUCGUAGAUUAUGUUUAACUGAGAAAGCAUGCCAAUGAUGGUUUAAACAAGAAUGAGCAAUCAAUUGAUCGUUAUUUCUUCGUCAGAAUUAUUUUUCGAGCAGUUCUGCGGAUAACAGAAACUAUGAAUGCACGAGAAGCAGAGGUGGACAAUCUUAAGCAGCAAGGAAAUGCGUGCGUUAAGGAGCAGAAAUAUGAGGAGGCAAUGUUUCAUUAUACACACGCCAUCAAGCUGGAUCCACAGAAUUAUUCUCUCUACAGUAACAGAUCCUUUGCCUUUCUAAUGAUGAGACAGUAUCAUUACGCCAUGGAAGAUGCCCUGAUGACUAUUCAGUUGAAGCCUGAUUGGUCUAAGGGCUACUUUAGGAAAGGUGAGAUUGAACUAAGGACAUUUCGCUUCAGUGAAGCCCUUCAAUCUUACAACAAAGCCCUUGCCUUGCAGCCAAAUGAGCCCAAGAUUUUAGAAGCAAUGAAUAGAGCAUCUAGAUCAUUGAUUAAAGAUAAAAGAGCUGACCAACAGAUUCCGUGGCUUGGAGCUGGUGUUGGCAUUAUAUUAGGAGUUAUAGUUGUGAUUGCUGAUUAUGUUUUUACAAACAAGCCCACAUUAACGAAUCCUCUACUGAUGACGUUACUAACAAUGUCUAUAGCCAUGCUAGGUUUUAGCAUCGCGAAAGGCUUUCGUUAUUUCGUAAAGUGCCAAAGAAAAUCACUGCUGGAGCCGCCCGUCGAUCUCUUCCCGGAGGAAAAAGAAGACCCUGAGAGUUUCGACGUGGAGAAAAAUAGUGAGAAGGAAAAGCAUCCAAAGUAUAGUAAAGCUCAAGCGAGACAACGAUUUCGCAAAGGAAAAUCGUAGGGAUGCGUUUUGAUUGUUUAUUUCGAUGCAUAUAUUCAAGAAUGCGUUAAGAGGAUACAGUAACGUCUUAACGCAGAGUAUAUAAAAAUAACAUUUGACUAUGAUCAGGUCAUUGUUUACCGUCAAACGGUAUACUAUCGUUAUUAAGAAAAAUUCGGUACUUAGCAUUUAGUGUUAUAUUUUCUUAUUUUUUGAAAAACAUUUGUAAGAUACUUAUAUUUUACUGUGUGAAGACUGGAUUAAUUUAUUAUUAAAUCUAUUAUUUGAUAAGAUUUGCGUAUCUGUUCGCAGUAUGUGAACGAUUUUGAUAAUUCAAUUCGUACAAAUUGCAGAAGAAAAUUCUGAUGAAACAUAUAAUAGCUAAUAAUUAAUAAUUGCAUAUAUAGCCAGUACAUUUCAUUGUCGUGUGGAUUAUGAACAAAGUAUGAGUGUCUUUUCUAAGAUUAUUCAAAACUAGUAAGAAUGUCGUAUUUGAUAUUCUCAUCCUCUUUGACAAAUCAUUUAGAAAUCGAGUAAGAAACAUUUUAUCUCUGAAAUUUGCACUCGUCCUUGUGAUUCUUAUACAACGAAUAACGAAGUAUAAGCGUGUCAAUUUAGCAUUAAGAUAAUGUUGCACUUUUCUCUACCUUUUGCACUAUAUAUCAAGCGAGCGCAUAGCGCAUCUUCAUAGAGUCUCUUCACUCUCCCUCUCUCUCUCUCUCUGAUUGAAAUUAUAUCUAUCUAAAUAUAUCUAACUCUUCGGCUGCAAAAAGAUCAUCUCGUUGCACGAAGAGACUGAUUGAUUCUACUUAUAAUUCAUUAGUUCAUAGUUUAUCUCUCGUCCACGAUUCGAAUGUACCGACUAUUACUCGCCACAUAUGCAUCUUGCAAACUCUGAACCAUGAUUUAUGACACAAGUUACCCAAUAAAGAUGAAACUGCAAGGCUGUUUUGUUAAAAAAUACUACGACCUGUCUCCCAAAACAUCCAUUAAAAACUUGUUGCUUUAUGUCCCAUUUGUGUGCAACUGAGCUAUACAAUAGACAGUAAUAAAUAAUGAAAAUAUGCAUACAUAUGUAGUUACAAUUUUGCAUUGCACAUUUGAAUGUACAUUUAAAUUAUGAAGCAAAUAAAAAAACGUUAUUAUCUUUUUGCUGGCGACAGUACACUCGUAAACAAAGGCAUUUCUUUUAUAACAAAAAUAGUUGACCGAUUAUAACUGCAUUAGGAAACAAAGGUGAGGAGGAAAUUUUUUUUAUCAACAAUGUGGUGUAAUCAAUCAAAUUGCUAAUUUGUUUUUUUCGUUGUAUUAUAUUCUCGUUGCCCAGACACUUUACUAGUCCAAUUAUAUUGGUUAUAUCUUAUGGUUGAUGAUUUGGAGUAAUGAUUUUAAUUUGCAGGUCAUUUAUCUCGAAAUUUCGAAACUUCACGCGUAUCUUAUAUGUGCAUGGAUUUUACGACUUUAUUAUAGAUUCGAUGACUUUAUUAUAAGCGAUGAUGCGAAUCAGUCAAUAGUAAUGCAAUCAACAGAAAUAGAAACGUAUGCAUUGUUUGCAUUGUUUGCGUUUUAGUUCUAAUAUUAAGUUGUAACUGAACGUUUAUAAUAACGUAUGCGAUAUCGGAAAUCGCGCAAAUUAAAAUUCAUAUAACAGCAGUGAGUAGAGUUUCGACGCGUAUCAUCGAAUUUCUAUUCUCACGAAUGGAGAUCGUUUCAUCGUGUUUAUGGAGAUCCUUUCAACAUUUGCAACGAAAUUCGAACUCGUUGGAGAAUCACACCGAAUUUCAUCCCGGAGGAAAAAAAUAGAGAGAGCCGAGCGGAAAAUUGUAAUUUUACAGCGUAUCGCGUUUUCUUCGUUCUCUGCUCCGAAAUUGUUGACGUCAACGCAGUUGAGUAUCCUGCCAACGCUUUUUCGACGCUUAUAUUUUACGCACGCGACACGACAAAUAGUACUUGCAUAUGCGACUACGACGAGGGGUUACAUCACGCAAAAUAAAACGCCACAAUGGCAAAUAUUAGCUACGUGGCCGCGAAUGUGGCCAUUAUAUAAAAGCAGCAACACGCGCUUUGUAACACACGCUCCCGUUACAUUGUGCGUCGUUGGCGAAAAAUGGCGACAAGGUUUCGGUUUCGAGGCGAGUUCGUGUACGGACGCGUUUCGCGAAUGAGUACCUUAAAAAAGACGGGAAAUCUCGUUGAGCGAAAUUACGAGGGGUUAGGUGUCGACGGAAGAACGGCUUCGAGGCUAUCGUAUACAUCGUAGCUCGUUUUCGUUGCGAAAACCAGAACUUCAACGAAAUCGAAGGUCGUCGAGGGGACUCGUAGUUAAAGAACGAUACUCGUGCUCCCGUUAGGAAGCAGUCGGGGCGCGUCGCGACGCAGAAGCUCGCUGAAGAUGCUCGGAACCAAGAAACGAGAGAAGCGUGGCCGGGUCGCCCAAUGCGAUUGGCGAGGUAGCUAGCUUGCUGGUCACGGCACAUCGAAUCUGCGCAUGCGUGCACGCAUGUGCAAUUUCACGCGAUACAUUCCCGACUCUAUUAAAUUGGUGAAACGAGGUUUUUUGCACCCCUUAU